GGCAAAGAGGAGCUGAGGAUCUAGAGGUCUCCUUCCUUGUCGCUUUCUAACACUGCCCCCGUGGCUCACCCCCGCGUGUUCUGUUUCCCGGGGUGCUCGGCCGCAGCUCCGCCAGGCUCGGACCCCGCCGACGCUCGGGCGGAGGGGGUGCGGCGCCCCUGGGCCAGCAGAGGGCGCUCCGCGGGCCGCGGCCCCAGAGCGGCGACAUGGCCGCCGCGCGGGUGCUGCUGCUCCUGUCCGGGCGCUCGGAAUCGCCGAGCUUCGCGCAGAGCGUGUGUGGCCUUCUGGGCGCCGGGCCGGGGCUCGGGCCGUGGCCCACGCACUGCGGCUGGAAGCGAGGAGGACUCGUCCUCUCGGACCGGCCGUUCCCAGGCGCCUCGGCCAGGCUUCCGCUCCAGCGACCCCCUUUCUGCCCUUUCGCGGCCCUGGACCAGCAGCUCAGGGCUCCGGGGGCCGAGCUGCCCAGGAAUCGAGGUGUGGAUCUGGGUGUGGCCGUCCUUCUGCAGUCCAGCGACCAGUCUGUCUUAUUAACGCGCAGGACACGCACCCUCAGCGUUUCUCCCAACCUCUGGGUACCCCCAGGUGGGCACGUGGAACUUGAUGAAGAGCUGUUGGACGGAGGGCUGCGGGAGCUUCGGGAGGAGAGUGGACUGCAGCUGCCCCAGGGCCAGUUCUCUUGGGUCCCUCUGGGGUUAUGGGAGUCUGCCUACCCUCCCAGGCUGAGCUGGGGGCUUCCCAAAUACCAUCACAUCGUUCUCUAUCUCCUCGUGGUCUCCCAGGAGUCACAGCAGCAGCUCCAGGCUGCGGUCAAGAACAGGCCCCGAGAGAGACCAUGGCUGAGAGAUCCACAUGUUUGGCUCCAGGCCCGGAUCCAACCAAACCCAAGUGAAGUGAGCGCCUUUAUGUGGCUGGGACCAGAUAUAGCAGCUGUCGUAGCUGCCACAGAGGAUGGGACAGAGGCACCCAGACAUCUCCCCCGGGAGCUACCCCGCUCCAUCCCUACAGUGGAACUCGGGGAGGAUGGAAGAGUUCGACCUCUGGCCUUGCCCACAUCCACGCUGCUGCGGACGACCCCGACCGCAGCCCCCACCACAGAGGAAGGCAACGAGAGGGUCAGCACGGGGACCAAGUUUGCCCUCAGGCUCUGGCUGCGACAUCUGGGCAGGUAGAGUCGGAAUGGCAGCUGAGGUGACAGGACAGUGCUUUUUGGUCGGGGGCAGGUCCUCCUCGUCUGAUGAGCUCUCUAUCGUC